CAAUCUAUAAUCAACCCAAACUAAAUGAACAUGGAAAAAGAGGCUCAACAGCACCCAUUGCCGGAAAAUGCUGUGUUGCGUCACUCCGAUGCUAGCUUCAAACCCCCUCUCUCCAUCCCCAUUGACGUCGGCAUCUCCCCUGAUGAUGAUCACCACCACCAAACUCUCAUCAAAGAUCCAUGGCUCCCCCUUACCCAGUCAACACGCGGUAAUUCCUUCUUUGCUGCUUUUCACAUCCUCAAUUCCAACCUUGCCUUCCAAGCCCUCGUGCUUCCCUUUGCCUUCGCCACUCUUGGCUGGGCAUGGGGUAGCGUAUGCCUGUCGGUGGCAUUUCUUUGGCAGCUGUACACCAUAUUCCUCCUUCUUCUGCUCCACGAAUCCGUCCCCGGGGUUCGCCACAGCAGAUUCCUUUUCCUCGCCAUGGCCGCCUUUGGUCAAAGGGUAGGCAAGGCGGUAGCAUUAUUCCCGGUGAUGUAUCUAUCGGGAGGAAGCUGCGUGAUGCUUAUCAUCACGGGAGGUAGAACCAUGCAGCUACUUCUCAACACCACUUGUCCCAAAGACGAGUGCCACGCGCACCCGUUGAGCGGGGUCCUCUGGUUCUUGGCGUUCACAAUCAUAGCCAUCGCCAUCGCACAAUUAACGCCCAGUCUGAACUCCGUUGCCGGCGUAUCUCUCGUCGGGGCCAUCAGCGCCGUCACCUACUGUACCUUGUUCUGGGUUCUCUCCCUCUCCAAAGGCAGGCCCACCUCCGUUUCAUACGCUUCCUCCCUCUCCCGCCCUGGACAUGAUCACUCCGCUGUUUCUAACAUCUCUGAGAUUAUCAACUCCAUUGGCAUCAUUGUCCUGUCAUUCAGAGGCCAUAAUGUUAUGCUUGAGAUUCAGGGGACGCUGCCUUCAAGUCCAGAGAAACCAUCCAAGGAAUUAAUGCGCAAAGGAGUGAUGGUGUCAUAUGCAGUGAUAGCCAUGUGUGUGUUUCCGCUGGCAAUUGCAGGAUGCUGGGCAUAUGGAAACCAGAUAAGGGAGGGAGGAAUGGCGAGCGCGUUCGCAGAAUUCCAUGGGCAUCAAGUGACGAAGUUCACGAUGAGGUUCCUGUACGUGCUGAUAACAAUACAUUGCUUGAGCAGCUUCCAAGUCUAUGCCAUGCCUGCAUUCGACAACCUGGAGCAGAGAUACAUAAACGCAAAGAACAAGAGAUGCCCAAGAUUAGUAAGGAGCUGCUUGAGAUUAAUGUUGGGAGCAUUGACUUUGUUCAUAGCAGUGACGUUUCCGUUCUUGCCAAAGCUGGGUGCUCUGCUGGGAGGGAUGACUCUAGUGCCCGUGACGUAUGCGUACCCAUGCCUCAUGUGGGUGGCCAUCAGGAAGCCUCCGAAAGGGGGUUAUGUGUGGUGCUUUAAUCUGCUUCUCGCUUGCUUGGGAUUGCUUCUCUCUCUUCUUCUGGUGGCUUCGUCUAUUUGGACUCUUGCCCGCUUCGGCUUACACGCUAAUUUCCUCCACCCAUGACCCAUUCGUUCACAGCACGCUUGUUUAUAAAAUUCCAUUAAACAUGAGUACCGCCGGAAACUGGAAAUCGAUCCAAGCUAACCCCACUUUUUCACCGUGUCAUGUUUAGCCCCCGCUCGGUAAAUAAAUUAAAACCUCGAGCGCAAAAUCCAUCUUUUCCAACUUCUAUUUCCAUUUGUAAAAUGUACAUUUUCAUUUUAUAAAUGGACUCACAUAAACAGGCUUAUAUAUGGAAAGGAAAAAAAAUAAAUUCUGGUACGUUUGAUCAAUAUCCCAUGGAUGUCGA